AUGGUUGGCAGCAUGGAAGCUGGCAGCAAUGUGGGGGGCAGCAGCGUGGCGCGCAAAUCCCAGCGCAGCAGGGUGGUUUGGCAAGCCUCUCAAAAGGAGGCCCUGCUAUCAGCUUUCAGCAAGAGUCCUUACGUGAGCUUUGCACAGAGGCAGAACCUGGCCAGUCAAAUGGGGGUCCCCGAUUCCUGCAUCCGCGUGUGGUUUCAGAACCGCAGAAGUCGCACUGGAGCCGUGGGGCAGGAGCUUGGUUCCAGGGCACAGGGUGGAGGCAUGCCGUCAGACCACAGGCGGCCUCGCACUCGAAUCACUUCAGCCCAGCGCAGGAUCCUACUGCAAGCCUUCGAGAGGAACCCGCGGCCAGGCUUUGCUACUCGGGAGGAGCUGGCACAGAGGACAGGUUUGCUCGAGGACACGGUCUACAUCUGGUUUCAGAACAGAAGAGCGUGGUGCCUCAGCAGGGGCAGGCCCACAGCUCAAGAUCAAGACUUGCUGGCCUCAAGUGGGGCAGAUGAGGCCCGCGGAGGUGCGGGUGCCAGGGAGCAUGAAGGUGCCCGGGACAGUUUGUUGCCCCUGGCUGCUGCAGGGCUUACAGAUUCCUCCAGUCCCAGCGACCUGCCAAACUUCUGCACAGAGUCCCAGCUGUGCCAAUCGGAAGAGCCCUGUGGACCAGUCCAAGAAGAGGCCCCUCAAGCAAGGAACACAGGCCCUCUCGAGCUGUUCCUUCCUCAAUGGCUAGACCAAGCCCAAGCGGAGGAGCUUGUGCCAGCCCCUCUGGAUUUGGAUGGAGUUCUGGAUGGCAGGGAGCUGGAAGGUGCCCACGACAGCUUGUUGCCACUGCCUCCCACUGGCGGUGUGGCCAUGGAUCCAUCGAGUCCCAGCGACCUCCCGACCUUCUGCACAGAAUCCCAGCCAUCCCAAGUGGAAGAGCCCUCCGGACCAGGCCAAGCACAGGCCCCCACUCAAGCAAGCAACACAAACCCUCUGGAGUUCUUCCUUGAUCAACUGCUGACCGAGGUCCAAGUGGAGGAGCAUGGGUCAGCUCCUCUGGAUCUGGAGCCAAUAGACACAGUAGCUGAGCUGUCUCUUUCUCAAGAGGAUUACCAGGCUCUGCUGGAUAUGCUCUGA